ACCCCAGGAUGGCAGCAAACCAGCAGAGACCAGCCAGCCACCAUCGAGUACGACAGGCUACAGCCAGCCCAGCCUAGGUUACGGUCAGAGCAACUACAGCUAUCCUCAGGUGCCUGCCAGCUACCCGAUGCAGCCAGUCACCGCCCCACCCUCCUACCCUCCUAGCAGCUAUUCCUCCACACAGCCCAGCAGUUACGAUCAGAGCACUUACUCCCAGCAGAGCACCUAUGGGCAGCAGAGUACCUAUGGACAACAGACUAGCUAUGGCCAGCAAAGCAGCUAUGGCCAGCAGGCACCACCGACGACCAGUUACCCGCCCCCGACAGCAUCCUACAGCCAGACCCCAAGCCAGUACAGCCAGCAGAGCAGCAGUUACGGCCAACAGAGUUCAUUCCGUCAGGACCAUCCUAGCAGCAUGAACGUAUACGGACAGGAAUCCGGAGGCUUUUCAGGCCCAGGAGAGAACCGGAAUCUGAGCGGCCCUGAUAACCGGGGCAGGGGAAGAGGGGGAUAUGAUCGAGGAGGCAUGAGCAGAGGUGGGCGGGGAGGAGGAGGAGGAGGACGCGGUGGAAUGGGGUUACAAAGUGAGAGCCUUGUAUACACUUCAAUACUUAAAAAGUACCCGUACUCAGUACUCAGCCGGCAGCAUAAUGAAAAGUGGGACUAG